GUUUCCUUUCGCUGGCUCUCUCUGCUCGCUCAGAUCAUCGAUGUGCGCAGAGAGGAGAAAAAUGUCCGCCGUACAGCUGCUGCGGGUGUCGGUACAUGAGCGGAUCAGCGCUGCCGCUGAAGACUUCCUGCUGCAGGUGGAGAAAGGAGAAGGAAAGGCUCAAGUCCCGGCGCUGAGAGCGAUGCUCACCGAGCGGCUCGAGGCGGCGGCUGAGGCGAUCCUCGCGGGGCUUGAGGAAACCUUGGCAGAGUACGAAGACAGAGUGCAGCAGUCCGAGCGGGAGAUCUGCCGCCAGAGGAGGCUGCUCGAUGCCGUGAUGCAGCCCGUAAUCCGGCUGCACAGAGCAGUUUGUCCUGCAGACGUCCAGCAACUGAUGGUGAAUAAAGAAGAGGUUCCCCCUGACCAGCAGCAGUGGAGCCCCCUGGUGGAUCAGGAGGACCCAGAGCCCCCCCACAUUAAAGAGGAACCGGAGGAACUGUGGACCAAUCAGGAUGGACAGCAGCUUCAAGAACUGGAGGAGGCUGAUAACAAGUUCACAUUGACUGCUGUCAGUGUGAAGAGUGAAGAAGAGGAAGAGAAACGUAAAUCAUCAAAGCCUCAUCAGAAUGAGAUGAAAGAGAACAGAGCAGACUGUGGAGGACCACAACCAGCCAGGAACUCGGGACCUGAUGGACGUUUACAGCCAGGUCCUGAGGACAAGACAGAAUACAGUGAAGAUGAUUUGAUGGAGACCAGGGAACCUCAGGCUGGUUUAAAUACAAUAAAUAACAAACAGCCUCUAAGUGAUAUGGGAUGUAAGACAGAAAAAAAAUUGUUUAGCUGCUCUGAGUGUGGUAAAAGAUGUAACAAAAGGAGCAUACUAGAUACACAUAUGAGGAGUCAUACAGGAGAGAAACCAUUUAGUUGCUCUGAGUGUGGUAAAAGAUUUAACAUAAAGAGCAGUCUAAAUAAACAUAUGAGGUGUCAUUCAGGAGAGAAACCGUUUAGUUGCUCUGAGUGUGGUAAAAGAUUUAACCAAAGCAGCAAUUUAAAUAAACAUAUGAGGAGUCAUUCAGGAGAGAAACCGUUUAGUUGCUCUGAGUGUGGUAAAAGAUUUAACCAAAGCAGCAAUCUAAAUAUGCAUAUGAGGAUUCAUACAGGAGAGAAACCGUUUAGUUGCUCUGAGUGUGGUAGAAGAUUUAACCUAAGGUGCAAUCGAAAUGAUCAUAUGAGGAUUCAUACAGGAGAGAAACCGUUUAGUUGCUCUGAGUGUGGUAAAGGAUUUACCCAAAAGGGCCAUCUAAAUAUACAUAUGAGGAGUCAUACAGGAGAGAAACCAUUUAGUUGCUCUGAGUGUGGAAAAAGAUUUACUAUAAAGACCAGUUUAAAUAUACAUAUGAGGAUUCAUACAGGAGAGAAACCAUUUAAUUGAUCGGAGUGUGGUAAAAGAUUUAAAAUUCAGUCCUAUUGUAUGAGACGUGAGAAUUCAGAGAGAAAUGAUGAUUCAUAUGAUUAAUUGUUGUUUUAAAACAAGGGUUUCUUUUUUCUUAAGAUUCAAUGAGUGAUCUCCUUUAAGUAUUGAAUGUGUUUCCAAGAAUAAAAGUCUAAUAAAAAGGUAAUGGUGUCGUC